ACCAAAGCCAAACGAAACAAGUGAAGUUCGUCCAAAGCACUCCCAGCUGGCUGGGAACAAGUGGUGAUCUAGGGAAUCCAACGGCAAUCCUAUUGGCCAAGAGAGCUGCCCCUCAUCCCGAGAAGUUUGGAGCAGGGGGGGUUGCCCCCUGACUUGCUGGGCACGCGAGCCUAACGACGUUUUAAGCGCCGACUUCAUCGCCAUGCAGUUUAUCAGCAGUGAGGGGCGCCGUCGCCAUCAUCUGACUGGCCCGAGACAAAAGACGCGCAUUGGGUGUGUGCGGGAUGGGAACUUUUUUGACAUCAGUAUUGUCAGCCUUAUCCAGAAUUAUCGAGAGGGGAGAGGAUGGCCUACACCAGGCCGGUUCAAUCUCGCCUUCGCCGUGUAAUCACUCUUGGUGCGCCUCCAACAGACAGGCCAUCACCGUCAUGUGCAAAGAGCAAUUUGGGCGAGCAAUACAACAUCCAGGUCGACAGAUAGAAACCUUUGGCCGUAGGAUUCGAAUUGUUACUGUGCAGCAGGAGCCAGCACCUGCAGGUCCGUUGGUGGUUUAGUCUAUCCCCUGUUGGGCAAGAGACCCUGGCUUCCCGCAGCACGACACGCCUCUCUUGGUCUCUGCCCCAGCCAGAGUGCUGCCUUCUAACCGCACUGCACACUCUCCUCCUCUCUGCCACUGACCACUACCGGAUGUCCUUUGAAUGAACCACUGGCUGACAGCUCUACGGCUCCCCACACGGACACUUCCAAGCUAUCACCAUCCUUCCCAAGCUUGUCUAGAAGCUGCACUACCUGCUGCGUCCUGGUCGACGUGUUGGUUGUCGUGGUAUCUGGUGUGUUGUUCCCCGCAGCAAGAAGACAGCCCGCAAGCCCGCAUCGGCCUCCCCUUCGGUCCCAAUCAGGCUGAAGCCCUACGCCGGUGAUCCAUCGUGCUGCAAGGAAACACCCACGGUGGCUUGCCUUUGGUGCUCGGGACCUUGGCCACCCCCAAGCAUCCUUCUUCCUUAAGGAACGCCCUCUUCCCACCAGAGAUACCUCAGCUCAGCUCCCGGCGCAUCGUGCAAUGCUGUAUCCCGAUACCAACUUGCGCGCCUAAUUGUCGACACACAGCAUCUGCCAACAACCGCGCACAGGUUCUCCGAUAUUUUGCUUCCUAAGCGCAGUCGUGCUGUGCUGCCUACUGCUUGCCUUGCCGUCUCGGUGUUGGGGCAAACCCUUUAACCAACGACUGAUAACUGCUGGCUUGGCCGUUGACUGGGUUAGCGAGAUCUACACCUCGGCUCACUGCGGCGCAUUGGGUCGGAAGUGGCUGCAAUGGCUCUUGAAGCUCCCCUGAGGACAUCAACGGGAAGCAUCAGGUCGAUAUACCCUUCAUACGCCGAAAUGGCACUCUCCUCUGGACGAGAGUCCCCUGCGCUGACGUCCCAAUAUAUGGCCUCCUCGUCCGGCCCUGACUCCCAAGCCCUUCGUCCAAAUUCUUUUACGAGACCAAGCUCGGCGCAUCUUAUGAGCCCGAGCAGCGAUAUUGUUGGCCCUUCACCUGUGACUUCGAACGGAACCGAGACUACGGAAAUUGAGGACGAAGAGGUGGAAGAGACUGAAGAAGCGACCGGGUUUGGGCGCAAUUCGUUGUUGAUGCUGAAAACGAACAUUCCGGAUCAUGUACGAAAAUCCGGAAGUGAAGAGGUCGUCUCAGUGAUACACGCGCCCCCAAAUUUUCAAGACUGGAAGUCCGGUGACACUACCUCGAGAUCAAGUGUUUCGAACUCUGUGAGCGGUGCGAGUAUAGCCAGUAGCGGUGCCAGUCCGCCGCCUAGCGAACCGUCAACUGUAGUAACAAGGCAUUCGCUGAACCAGUCGCCCCCUAUGGUUAACACCAGAGUACGACCCGUGUCAUUCAAUCUUGAUGCUCCGACACCUCAGGCCCAGAAAUUGGAAGAUGUCUACGCCAAUGAAUCUACAAAAACACGAUCCAGCACUGCUAGCAGCCUUGAAUUGAUACCCGAAAUCAUUGAGAAUGACGGGGACGAGGAGUUUGAAGACGCGGACGAAUUCGCCAAUCCCACACGAGGCCAAGAUACCGAAGUGAAAGCACUUAAAGCGGCCCUUGAAGAGUGCUGGACAUUAUGCAAUACUCUCGCCAACCUCAGUUCGAUUCACCGAAAGCAAGUCUUCCACAGCUCUGGCACUCCUGAUGCCCACGAAAGGGCAUGGAAAUGCUGCUGGAAGCUCUGCAAACGAUUAUAUCACAGCCGAGACGACGUCUCAGAGUCAUUUGGAGUGCGGACCAAUCUCGAUCUAUGUCGGGACUUUUGUCAGUCACUCUUUGAUGUGAGGCAAAGGACCAAUGAGACAGCGGACUCGAUCCUGAGGGUCAGCUUUGAGCUCAACAAUCAUUUAUACAGCGCUCAGGACAGCCGAACGCUCCCUGAAGCCUUCCGGGAGCGAACACUGGAUUUCUACAUCACCCUGUGUCACCGACUGAUGAAGCAACGCAACGACUUGGCCGAAGAAACCGACUCGUUGCUACGGGCAUGCUGGGCGCUGGCUGAGAUGCUCUUCAGCCUUCGGCAAAACCGAAGAGACGGAAAGGCCCCCGACGAAGAACUCCUUGGCUCAGCCGUCCAGGCUUGUUGGGAGCUGUGCGACAUAUUCCGUGAGGGCUGGACACAGGUUCGACCAGAUCGUGGUACACCGAGACCAAACCAGGUCAACUUUUUCGCGGCCAACCCAACUUUUGGCCUGCAAAUGAGCAGUCACCAAUCUGAAGUCGAGCGCUCCAAUGCCGGAAGCCGUGCCUCCCUACGCUCGAAACGGGAGAGUUUGCGGAGCCUGGGUGAACUUGAGCGACCUCGCGCACGACCCGUCGUACCCGAAACUCCAGUGACUGAAUUUGAAGAUACACCAAUCUCACCCGACGCCAGCCCACAGAUGCCCAACAUUCUUGUGCUUGGGACGUCGGACUCUCGCAGCGAUCGUGGGGGGCGUUGGUCGAGCAAUGCCUCGAACCUGUCUGGUUACAGCCAAAACACGUCCAGCACGGCCACCACAGCGACGACGAUAGAAGAUGUCAACAUCACCCGCAUCAAAGCCCUCGUCGUGAAGGCGGCACUCAACAUUGGUUUUGACCGCAGUGCACCGGGGGCAGAUGCGCCAUCCGCUCUACAAUCAUUCGUCAACGACCUCCCUCAGCACUCCUUUGGUGGGCUGCCCAACCAAGUCUCUUUGCUGCAGAAUUACAAGAAUCUCGUGUUAGCAGACGCGUCAUUCCGCUCUCCGGCUACAUUACCCGCCCGUGGGAAGCGGUUCAACGCUGUGGAAGUGGCCAAGAGCGUCGGGUGGAUGAUGAUCAGAUCAGGCCAGUAUAACUUUUUGAGGGAUCUAUACCGGCUUGUCUUCGGGUGUCAGCUAGAGGAUGCCGACACGAGGAAGAAUGUUUCCAUUGUGGUAUAAUGGGGGCAGCCCCCUCGUUGGUCAUACCGAGGACGGGGAGAUUGGGAUCCCGGUUACAAAACCAGGUCGCGGCCAGGUGUGUGUCGGCCGAAGAGGAUUUCGCUUGUGGCUGCGUCGCAUAAACAUCACUUUGUUCAGAAGAACCUCGGAUUCAAUACCCCUGAAUCGAGCGAAGCCGCCUUUUCAUCAACUCAACAGUCGAGGCGCUGUCAGUCUCUACCGCAGAGAACCAACCCCCAAUUUGCGUAAAUCUACCACCCUACCUACUACUACCAUUUAUUCAACUACAUAAUUCCUCGUUGUUUGUCAGAUACCCUUUGUUUUACGGCUUUUUUUAUUUUUAAUUUCAGCACCUUAGAAAAUCUUGAUGAACUGCCUACUUUUUACUUCUUUGCCUAUGUGUAUUUCCAUUGCAAGGCGCUCUGGGUCAGACACUUUGAGCACGGCGGGGUUUGGGAAGGAGGUGGAAAUGAGUGAUAUGAAAUUUUAGUUUUGCGACAAGAACAAAGAUGAACCUGUAAAAUUGAGUAAUAAGCCUGUGUGAGCGAACUUUUUCGUGUCGGAGUAUUCAACUGUCGGUAUUGAUAUCUGAAAGGAUGUGACAAAAUCUUCAAGUGCUGGGCGGU